AGAGUACAACAUGCUGCGCUUUACCUCUUUGGUACUCCGGCUACGGCCGCGACACAUCAUGUUCACACCACCACCACUCGCCAAGCGCACUGGGAAGUUCCGCUGUCACGUGUGCCAGAACGCAUGGUUCUCUCACCACGUGUGGGUCACCAAGACGACGCAGCGUGUUUAUCAAGGCGAGUCGUGCGAGAAGUGCGGUACGUCCACGAAGCCCUAUUACGUAGGAAGGCCGGAGGAGACAAUCUUUAAUCGGGCCACCACCCCGCACCCUGUUAAGGCCGGCGUCUCCAGCUCGCGGCACGAGCGCAAGUUGAAACACUCACGGUACGACUUUCGUGUGCAGAAAAACCGACGAUGA